AGAAGACAUGAUGUCGCCAUGGCCUUCCUGUGGAUCCUCUCGUGCCUCGCCUUCGUCGGCGCCGCCUACGGUUGCGGCUCUCCCGCCAUCCCUCCCGUGAUCACGGGAUACUCUCGUAUCGUCAACGGCGAGGAGGCGGUGCCUCACUCCUGGCCCUGGCAGGUGUCACUGCAGGACUACACGGGUUUCCACUUCUGCGGCGGCUCCUUGGUCAACGAGAACUGGGUGGUGACGGCGGCGCACUGCAACGUCAGGACUUCCCACCGCGUGGUUCUGGGUGAGCAUGACCGCUCGUCCGCCGAGGAGGACACCCAGGUGCUGAGGGUGGGCAAGGUGAGACCGCGGCUCUGUCGGCAUGGUUCCAGCGAGCGCGGUUGGCCGCCUUCUCCCGACACGCCGGCCCUCCUGCAGCAGGCCUCCCUGCCGCUGAUGACCAACGAGCAGUGCCGCCGAUUCUGGGGCAACAAGAUCAGCAACCUGAUGAUCUGCGCCGGAGCCUCCGGAGCCUCAUCAUGCAUGGGCGACUCUGGCGGCCCCCUGGUCUGCCAGAAGGAGGGCGCCUGGACCCUGGUGGGCAUCGUGUCCUGGGGCAGCGGAACGUGCACGCCCACUAUGCCCGGCGUCUACGCCCGCGUCACCGAACUCCGCGCCUGGAUGGACCAGACCAUGGCGCAGAUGCGUCCGGAUAAAAGGCCGGCGUUCGUCUGCAGAAGACAUGAUGUCGCCAUGGCCUUCCUGUGGAUCCUCUCGUGCCUCGCCUUCGUCGGCGCCGCCUACGCUCCGGCCGCUCCGGCCCGACCCUCACCCCGAGCCUACGCUUGCCUUUCAGCUCCCGACACGCCGGCCCUCCUGCAGCAGGCCUCCCUGCCGCUGAUGACCAACGAGCAGUGCCGCCGAUUCUGGGGCAACAAGAUCAGCAACCUGAUGAUCUGCGCCGGAGCCUCCGGAGCCUCAUCAUGCAUGGGCGACUCUGGCGGCCCCCUGGUCUGCCAGAAGGAGGGCGCCUGGACCCUGGUGGGCAUCGUGUCCUGGGGCAGCGGAACGUGCACGCCCACUAUGCCCGGCGUCUACGCCCGCGUCACCGAACUCCGCGCCUGGAUGGACCAGACCAUGGCCGCCAACUAAGCCCAACGCACAACGUCAUGGUCAAUAAAACGUCUCCAACGACAAA